AUGAAUUUUUCACCAACUUCCAACUCUGAUUCUUUAUCUAUAUCACCUCCCUCGGUGGCAUCAUCUUUUUUACUUUCCCAAAUCACCAAUAGUAAUAGUAUAAGUAGUGGAAAUCUAAUGUUGCAACAACCACCACAACAACAACAAAAACAACAACACAACUCGACCGAAAAUAUGACCUCAAGUGAUGAUAUUGACCCACUUGCAGAGGUAGUGGUGGAUAGAGACGACGAGUCGAUGAGUCAAGUUUCUCCCAUCACUUCAAACGAAUCACCUGAUGAAUGUAAUAUACAUAGCCAAAAAUUUGAAUUAUUGGAUCACCAACCUGAACCACAGCAAUCACAACAACAAUCCAAUAAUAAUGACCAACUUUUACAAAAAGAAAAAGAGGAAGAAGAAACAGUGGUAGUAGAGGUGGAAGAAAAGAAACAAGACGAUGAAAAUGUAAUAUUGAUUGAAAAAAGAUUUGUAGACGAUGAAGAGGAAUUGGUUGUUGUCACACAGUGUGAAGAAUCCCAAUUAGACAAGACAGAAGAGGAAUGUGGUGGAGGAGUGACUCCAACAACAGCCAGUCUUUUAACAAGUAGUUUGACUACACCAGUCUCUGCAUCAUUGCUGUUGGACUUGCAACCACUAUGUUUAAAACAAUUGAUGUUGCAAAACAACAACUCGCCAACACAACAAUCCCAACAACAACAACCACCAUUAUCACCGACCAAUACAAUGGUAGUAUCAUCACCACCAUCAUUUGGCAAAUUGAUUGAAACGAGUAGUGAUAUUUUAUGUACGACACCCAAUGGAUCGAUAAUAACGACCACGACAACAACCACGACAACGACCAUAACAACGACAACCACUACAUAUGGUGGUGCUGGUGGACAGCCCACAUCAUCUUCGGCGAAUUGCGCAUCUCCACCUUCAUCAUCUUCAAUAUUAGAAGAGAUGAUGAAACCAGAUGUAUUUUCAAUCAGUGGACCCUUGGGCAAUAGUAGUGACAAGACAACAGCAGUGGUGUUGGCGAUUGGAUCGUCGUCACCCAAGGAGUUAUCUGGUGCUGACCAAUCCCCGACUAGUGCAGCUGCCAACGCCACCCAAAUACAAUCAAUUCCAAUUGUAAUUGAACCAUCACCACUACCUGUAACAGUUGCCCCUGCACAGGUUGUAGUUGUUGCUGAACAACAACCACCAGUUCUAGUCAUUUCACCUCCUCCUAUUUCAUCCAAACCAUCGAAAUCAAAUCAAAUGAUGAAUACAACACCACCAAUGAGACGAAGAUGUACUUCGGCACCAGUGAUUAGACCAAGAUUACAAAGACAGUCAAGACAAAAACCACAACAUUCAAUGAGCGAGAAACCACUUUUACAUGCGGUACUUGUGCAAGAAGAGAUCAAGACAUUGGUCAAUAAUGAUGAUAUCAAUACGCGAGACAAUAGUGGAAACAGUGUACUACAUAGAGUGUCUAUUAUCGGACACCCAUUUGCCAUCAAACAUGUGAUUGGACGAGGUGCCCGUGUCAACUCGGUCAACAAUAGUGGUAUGACACCACUCCAUUACGCAGCCUGUUCCAACCCACACUGUGUCGAAGUCUUGCUAUGCUACGGGUCACUACUCAACAGCAGGGAUGCCAGAGGCGAUACCCCGCUCCACUAUGCGGUUGAGCGUGGUCAGCAACAAAUCGUUUCCUACCUCCUCUUUAAAGGUGCCAAAGUUAAUAUUAUCAACAAAAUCAUGGAAAGAAGUGCAAUCCAUAUUGCUUCACUUAAAGGAUAUCACACAAUAAUUAAAUUAUUAUUAGAUUACAAGAUUAAUGUAAAUGCAGCCGAUUGUAAUUUAUCGACACCACUGCAUUUGGUAGUGUAUCAUAGUCCACAACCAAAUGUAUCGAUUAAUCCAGCCACUUAUUCCCAAUCGGCAUUCACAAUCAACUCCAACAUGGAGUCGUAUGCAACAUGCUGUGAGAUACUUUUACAGAGAGGUGCGGACGUUUAUUCACAGGAUAUUCAGGGCUACACUCCCCUGCAUAUCGCCAGUCGACAGGGAAAGCGUAAUCUUGUCGACAUUAUUUUGGACUAUGGAAAGGGUUACAAGGGCAAACUAAGUCCAUCCGUCUCUGCCAAUCUCCCUCCUUCCCUCUACGAUAAAUCAAAAUUUAAAAAAGAAAUUAAAUCUGAAUUAUUAUUAUAUAUUAUGGAUAAUAAAGGUAGAUUACCAAUUCAUAUGGCAGCGAUAGGAGGACAUGGUAGAAUAUUGGAAAGUAUGAUUGGAAAUGGAAACAAAUGUUUGGCAAUCAAGGAUGACAUGGGAAUGACUCCUCUAUGCUUGGCUUCGUUACUUGGAAACUUUGAUUGUGUAGAGUUUAUCUAUACGAUCGAUCCAGGAUUACGUAACCAAUAUUUCAAGUUUUUUGCAUCGUCAAUCGAUUGCUCCAAGUCUCCCUUUGACCCACUUGGCAAUGACCUCAAGUUUGCUUUGGAUGGUGAUUAUUGCGAUUUGGUGUUUUCAGUGGAUGGUCGCGAGAUUUAUGCUCAUUCUGUCAUUGUACGUCAAUUUAAAUGUUUCCGUGAGAUGAUAUCUUACAAUAAGCCAAUGAUGAUGGUGAUGAGUGGUGGUGGAGGUGCAGGCGGCCCAAGUAACAACAGCAGCUACUACACUGCCAUGAGUAACUCGUUACAUCCAAAUUCGGCAGCUGCUCAACACCACCCCUACUACCAUCACAAUCCCAAUGGAACCUAUGGGUUUGGCGGCGGACAGGCUGGUCAUGCGUUGGUGUCGGGUAGCAGCUACUCGCGCUCGCAAGAUGAUGCAUCGUCGUCGUCGUACAAUGACUAUUACGACGACGACUACUCGUACAAUGAGUCGUCGUUGUCGGGUACCGCCAACCAUUUGAAUCAAAUGAUGGGUGGUGCUGGUGGUGGACGCGCAAGAUCGCGAUCCCGCCAGGGUAGUGUCACCAACCCAAGCACGUUGCUCAUCGGUGCGUGUGUACACGUUAGAGACGGCCAAGUACCUGCUCAAGCAGGUCAACAACCGGUUGCACUCGGAUGUGACCAUCGUGUCGGGCGAGGGUAUCGUCGUGCACGCCCACAGCGUGUUGUUGGCCAGUCGGUCGUCCUACUUUAA